UGAAUCGUAGUGUAUUGUAUUUUAUUUUGCAGUUUUUCUUUCGGUUUAGAAAUAUCAAAUAUUAUAUUUAAAUAUAAUUAUUGCCAUGGCUGGUUUAGAAGAUAUUUCUUUAAAAAAAAGAGUUCGUUCCUGCAACUGGGACGAAGAGGAAAAGAGACUUCUAAUAAACCUUGUUUUAGAAAGAAUAGAUGUAAUUGAAAAUAAGGAUACAUCUACUAAUACAAAUACGAAAAAGAAAGCAUCAUGGCAAGAAAUUUUGUCUUGUUUCAAUAAUCUAAAUAAAAAAAAACGGGAUCUCAAAGAGUUAACAACCCAGUGGAGAAACACUAAGGGCAAAGUAAAAUCCAGAGAGAGUGCGUACAAACAGGCUAAAUUAGUGGCAGGUGGAGGACCACCAAGCCCACCACCGGAAGAACUAGCAAUAAUACAGGAGAUUCCAAAUGAAUUUAUUGUUGAUACGAAUCAAUUUGAUAGCGACAGCGUGCAUAUCAAAAGUGAGUCACUGACAUCAGGAGACAUAAAUUUUACUCCAGUUUAUGAUCCUUGGAUGCCAAUGCCAGGCACAAGUAACCAACUUAAGGAAACUGAACAGAUAUCUGAAGAUGUAGGUCAGCCUGAAACAAAAAAAGGUUCUUUGUGUUCUGCAUCCAACCGUGUGCAUAACACAUUUUCAAAGAAGAAAUGCAUACCAAAGAAAAAUAAGAAUAAUGUUAAGAACUAUGAGCGACAACUAUUUCUUUUAGCCAAAAAAUCUAGGGAGAGAGAAUAUGAACGAGCAGAAGAAAUACAUAAAAAGAAAAUGAGUAUUUUGGAUUUAGAGUAUGAAUACUGGAAAAAGAAAAUAAAUAAAAUUGAGUAGCUAUGUCAUUCGUUAGACGUUUUCAGCUACAAAUGUAAUCACUGGAUGCAAAUGGCCAGAGAGAGAAACAUCUGGAAAGGUUUAGGAGAGGCCUUCGCCGCAGAGGCGACUACUACCAGUACAGAGUGAACAUUUUAACAAUAUUUAUUUAUUCAUUUAAGUGUUCUAAAUUAUUUUUUUUUUGUUAAACGUAAAAAGUAGUAAUGUAAUUUAGUAAGUAAAUAAAGCCUAUUUUUAUCUUA